AUGUAAUAAACAACUAGCAUCAUUUGGUAACUAAAAGUUUAACAUCGCGAUAAAAUGAACAGAGAUCCCGAAACAUUUUUGCAUACAAACGCAGUGUUUGAUAACUGUUCUGUAAUCGAUUGCCUAUGGCUUGAGAGGAAUCAUACCAUCGUUUUACAUUCAAUGCUAAUCAUUUUGGUGCUGACGUAAAUCCACAUUGGAAGGCAUAAAAUAGUGGUUCGAUCGGCCGUUACCAAUACGCAAGGUACGGGUUUCAGCUAUUGUCACGGUUGCUCCAAGAAGUCACAACAACCACUCCGGUGCGCGUGAUUCCAAGCGCGAGGAACAUAAUGGACGAACAGUUUCGUCGUCAAAUCAAAUAGGCGUGGGAAUUCUUCGGUAUAAAGCUCAUACUUAAAGCUGGUGCUGGUGCGAACGCAAUUGCGAAGGAGUGUGAAACGACACCAGCGCUAUGGCCACAGUCGAAAGUUCUGCGCCGGUUUCUGUCGCGUUUGCACAGGUUCCUUCGGUGCUGUCUUCGGGCGAGGAGGGUAAAGAGCUUAAUGGGAUCGUGUUCGAGUCCUUCAGUCAUACUGGCACCAUUCUGAAGGGACUCAACGAGCUACGCCUCAAGGGAGUGCUAGUGGACGUGACACUUCGGGCUGAUGGGAAAAAAUUUCGAGCUCACCGCGCCGUACUAUCCGCAUGUAGCGAGUACUUCCGGGCCAUGUUUUCCGACCAUACGCGGGAAUCCCGACUAAGCGAGAUCAACCUGCGCAACAUAUCCCCGCUGGGAAUCGAGCUGCUGCUGGAUUACAUCUACACCACCAAGCUGGCGCUCAAUCUUGCCAACAUCCAGGAGGUACUGUCGGCGGCCAGCUAUAUUCAGCUUGAAUCGGUCGUGGAAGCAUGUCUCAACUAUCUGGACCAGCAGCUGGAUCUUGACAACUACAUCGAUGUGCUGAUCAUCUCCGAGAUGUACUCACUGAAGCGGCUGAAUCACAAGGUGUAUCGGUUCAUAUGUCACCACUUGAAUGUGAUUUCCAAAUCGCCGGAAUUUUUCCGACUUAGCGGCAAGCAGAUCGAGCUGAUUCUGGCGGGGGAUUACCCGGUAACGUGUACCGAGAUCGAGGUGUUGGGAAUUUUGCUACGCUGGAUUCAAGCGAACUGUGAUGGGCCUCCGUCGCCCGGCAAGAUCCACGCCAAUUAUCGCGAGCUGAUACGGAACAACAUUCGUUUUAUGGAUAUCUCGUUGCAAGAGCUGUACAAUUUGCUCUGCUCGGAUGAGUUCCAGUUUCGUCACAUCGAUCGAUUCGAAUUGUAUGACUUCAUAAUGAAGAUUGGCGAGCAGCAGUGCAUCAAGUACAAAAUCUCUCCUCUGAACAAAAUUCAAAACUAUCGAGGCCUGGAGCUGGCGAUCAUCAAGAUAGGUGGGUUUGAUUUGUCGGGAAUAACGAAUGAGAUUACUUACUGCUUUCCGGGAGAUGGUUCUCCGUCACAACCGUCGGCACUAUCGGGGGAACGAUUGAAACUGAGUCGAACUCAGUCCGAUGGUGCAGGAGACAGCAACACGGGGGGUCCACUCAGGAUUAACUUAGCAGAGCGUGGGAAACACUCUCUGGGGAGGAAGAGGGACGUUAGACUGAAUGGCAAGUGGCGCUAUCUGACGACGAUUCCUCACAUUAAGCAAAGUAACUUUGGGGUGGUGGUGCUGAACAAUCAUCUGUACGUGAUUGGUGGCUGCUAUGACAUUUCGCUGGAGGAGUAUAUUCACCCGUUUGGUUUUCGGUACUGUCCGAUAAAGAACAAGUGGGAAACGAUAGCUCCCCUGCAGCAGGAUCGAUGCAGGUUUUCUCUCAAUGUCGUUGGUCACAGUUUGAUAGCGGUCGGCGGAAACAGCGAAAUGGAUGACGAUGAUGAUCGGUCGGUAUCUACCUGCGAACAGUAUGAUCCCAUUGCGGAUAAGUGGACCUACAUCGAGUCACUGCCAGAGUAUCGUACGCAGCACGCAGGGGCGGCAUUCGGGGCCACUCUGUACAUUUCGGGUGGGCUUGAUCUGUACGGUGGGGUUCUUGGAUCGCUGUGGAGUUACUAUAGCUUCAACGAGAAGUGGGAGAAGUUACCGAACAUGUUGCAUCCCCGGGCGGAUCACGUGAUGUUUACCAUCAAUCGCAAGCUGUACGUUUGCGGAGGCUGGUACGAAGUGAACGGCCAGCGUAUUCUUGCGGACAGCAUUGACUGUUAUGAUUUGUUCAGUAAAACACCUAGUUGGCAUCAGGUGACGAGAAUACCUACCCCGAAGUAUCACGCGGGGAUCGUUGCGGUGCAGGAGAAAAUUUACAUAAUCGGUGGCUUCUGUUCUGAUGACAUUUUCCGCCAUACGGCAGCCAGUGUGGAAUGUUUCGACGUAAGCCAGGAUCGUUGGUACAGCUUGAAGAAGUACCCGAAGAACAUUUGGGAGCAUACCUGUGCGAACUUGUACAUUCCGAAGUAUCGAGACGAUAUGGAGGUAAUCGAUGACAACGGAGAUGACGGGGAGAUGGAAAAUGACGUUGACAGUGAUAAUGCUAGCAGUACUGCCAUUUGAGAACACAUUUACUCACGGAGCUCUUUGUAGUUUCAGACAUUUUAUCGUUUGAUAAGUAUUUAUUUAUUAUUAA